UCCAGUGCUCCGUGCCCAGCCCCUCGAGUGUGGUUUUCCUCCCGGCCGGCACCAAACCCCAAAAUAGUGCAGCUGGCUUGCUGAUCGAGGCCGGAGAAGCCGGAGGAGCACAAGGUUUUGCAAGGGAUCCACCGGGACCAACAUGCGGAGUGCAGCCAAGCCCUGGAAUCCAGUCGCUCGGCCGGGGAGCCACGGGGGGGACCGCACCCGGCCCCUCCCAGCCCCCUCUCCUGGCAUGAAGAGCUCCAAGUCGUCCACCUCACUGGCCUUUGAGUCCCGACUCAGCAAGCUCAAGCGGGCCAGCAGUGAGGACACGCUCAACAAGCCGGGAGGUGCGGCCGCCGCUCCUGGGGCAGCGCGGCUGAAAAAGACGUCCACGUCCGGGGCCAUCUCCGAACUCACCGAGAGCCGCCCGAGGGGCCCCCCAGGGGCUGUGGCAGCAACCAAGCGGACAGGCAUUCCCACCCCUCGAGAACUCGCGGUAGCUGUCUCCAGAGAGAGAACAGUGCCACGCGGUCCCUCCAACUCGAGGAAAACAGUGUCCAGUCCCACCUCUUCCAGCACGCCCACCCCCACCAAGCACGUGCGGGCCGCGCCCACGAGACCCAGGCCGGAGCACGAAGGCGCGGACAAGGCCGUGCUCGAGACCCAGGUGCGGGAGCUCUUAGCAGAAGCCAAAGAGAAAGACAAUGAAAUUAACAGGCUCCGAAGUGAACUCAAGAAAUGGGUGGAGAAACAGACUCAGAGCACCGCAGGGGCUGAAGCUCUGAAUCCAGGUGUCGAUGCCACGUCCGUCUUGCCAGGGGACUCGGAGCCUUUGAUCAGAGCCCUCGAGGAGAAGAACAGGAGCUUCCAGAAAGAGCUCGCUGAGCUCGAGGACGAAAACCGGGCCCUGAAGGAGAAACUGACUUAUUUUGAACAUUCCCCCAAUUCAGAGGGGGGCGCAAGUCCCGCCGGCGACAGCAGCUGCCCCACAUCUGUAACUCAGGAGUCCAGCUUCGGGAGCCCAACAGGAACUGAGCUGUCGGGUGAAAUUGACGCGUAUAAAAAAAACCCACACGAAGGGACGUUGCGGACGUCGGGCUCAUCGAGCAGCGAUGUCACCAAGGCGUCCUUGUCCCCGGACGCCUCCGACUUCGAGCACAUCCCAGCAGACGCCCCCCCGGGGCCCCCGUCCCCUGCCGGGAGCCUCGUCAAGAGCUCCAAGUGCUCGGUGGCUGGCAGCUCCCCGAACACCGCGAGCGAGCUGUCCCUGGCGUCCCUGACGGAGAAGAUCCACAGGAUGGAGGAACACCACCACAGCACCGCCGAGGAGCUGCAGGCCACGUUGCAGGAGCUGUCGGACCAGCAGCAGAUGGUGCAGGAGCUGACGGCCGAGAACGAGAAGCUGGCAGACGAGAAGACGCUCCUGGAAACGUCCUUGCGUCAGCAUCGGGAGCGGGCGGAGCAGCUGAGUCAGGAGAAUGAGAAGCUGAUGACCCUCCUGCAGGAGCGAGUCGAGGGCGAGGAGCCCGGCGCCCAGGGAGCGGAGAUCCUGGAGCUGGAGCAGAAGUGCACGGAGAUCCUGGAGCAGGGCCGCUUCGAGCGCGAGAAGCUGCUCAACCUGCAGCAGCAGCUGACCUGCCGCCUGCGGAAGGCGGAGGAGGAGCACCGGGGGGCCCUGGACAUGGUCCGACACCUGAAGGAGGAGAACGGGAAGCUGACCGCCUUCCUGGAGCUGGAGCGGCGUGACAGCAGUGUGAUGGCCAAGACCCUGGAAGAGUGUCAGGUUACCUUGGAGGGGCUCAAGGUGGAGAACGGGUCUCUGAAGGCUCACCUGGAGAGUGAGAAGCAAAAAGUGGGAGAGAGCAGCCCCCCAGGGCACACGGCCGAGGGCUGUGACGUUCAGGAAAUGUUGACGGUGGCUCGAGCCGAGAAGGACCAGCUGGAGCAGUCCUGCAGGGAGCUCAGGCAGGAACUGCUGAAGGCACACGGCGAGGUGACACGUAUUUCAAGCCUGCUGUCCAAGGUGGAAAAGGAUUACUCUUACCUGAAGGAGAUCUGCGACCAUCAGGCAGAACAGCUGAGCAGGACCAGCCUGAAGCUGCAGGAGAAAGCGUCGGAGAGCGACGCGGAGAUUAAAGACAUGAAGGAGACCAUAUUCGAGCUGGAGGACCAGGUGGAGCAGCAUCGGGCCGUCAAGCUGCACAACAGCCAGCUCAUCAGCGAGCUGGAAGGCAACGUGGUGAAGCUGGAGGAGCAGAAGUCAGACCUGGAGAGGCAGCUGAAGACUCUGACGAAGCAGAUAAAGGAUGAGACGGAGGAGUGGAGGCGCUUCCAGGCCGACCUGCAGACGGCGGUGGUGGUGGCCAACGACAUCAAGUGCGAGGCCCAGCAGGAGCUGCGCACCGUCAAGCGGAGGCUGCUGGAGGAGGAGGAGAAGAACGCCCGGCUGCAGAAGGCGCUGGGGGAUGCGCAGGCCCGUGGCAGACCUGUGAAGGAAGAGUCGGAGACCUCCGAGGUGGAUGCACCCGGCCGGUGGCACGGCCUCUAUGUGAACAGGACUCCUCCAACAUCUUCAGAGUCUGCAACCACCGUUAAGUCCCUUAUCAAGUCAUUUGAUUUGGGACGUCCAGGUGGAGCUGGGCAGAAUAUUUCUGUGCAUAAGGCCCCCAGGAGCCCCCUGAGCGGAAUCCCCGUGAGGACCGCUCCUGCUGCCGCUGUGUCUCCAAUGCAGAGGCACUCGACCUUCAGCGGCGCUCGGCCGGCCAGCAAAGCAGUGACUCAGCGCUUGGACCUCCCAGACCUCCCUCUCUCAGAUCUUCUGAAGGGAAGGGCCGAGGACCUGAAGCCAGACCCUUAUCUUCGCAAGAGCCCCUCGCUCGAGUCCCUGAGCAGACCCCCUUCUCUGGGCUUUGGGGGCUCCAGGCUGCUGAGCGCUGCGCCCGGAGGCUGGAAGCCGCAAAGCAAACUCAGUGUGGAAAGAAGGGACCCCCUCGCCGCCUUGGCUCGGGAGUACGGCGGCUCCAAGCGCAACGCUCUCCUGAAGUGGUGUCAGAGGAAGACGGAAGGCUAUGCGAUUCUUGCCUGCAGAUCCCUUUGUUGUGUUGGUGUUGCCUGGCCUCUGUCUGCGCUGGAGGCUUUUCCGGGAAGCCGGGUGGUCCUGAACAUCGAUAUCACCAAUUUCAGCAGCAGCUGGAGUGACGGCUUGGCCUUGUGUGCGCUCCUGCACACCUACCUGCCGGCGCACAUCCCGUACCAGGAGCUGAACAGUCAGGAGAAGAAACGAAAUCUCUUGUUGGCAUUUGAAGCAGCUGAAAGUGUAGGCAUUAAACCCAGCCUGGAGCUCAGUGAGAUGCUGCACACGGACCGGCCCGACUGGCAGAGUGUGAUGCAGUACGUGGCCCAGAUCUACAAGUACUUCGAGACGUAAGUCCGGGGGCCGCUGCUCGUCCUGGAGGCGCCUGGUCUCUGUCCUCGGCCCUGCUUGGUCUGCCGCCCGACGUCUGGAUUUCAGAGGAAGGCUUGACCCAGGGCCAACACACAAAUAAGAACCAGCCGGGUCCACCGCGUGCCCACCUUGAACCCUGAUGCACACGGACGGUAAAUGGGGGGGCCGCGCUCCCUUGGGUCCCCCUUUUCCGCGGGCGCCCAGCAGUGUGUUCGCUGGAGCUGCCCUGAGUCUCACAAGAAACAGCACUUCCAGCCUGCCACCUUCCACGAAAAAUGCUGGCUUCUGUCUUUAUAAAAACUCUGCACUUGCCGCCCCCCACCUCCUCCAAAAAAAAAAAACACCCAACAAAACACAAAAAGGAAAUGUUUGCUCUCAAGCAGCCCCAAAACACGUGAGCCCUUCCUUUUGGGGACUUGCGUUCUCAGUAAGGACGUCGCCACCUUUAGGCCUCCUGUCCCUUAUUUGAUUCUUUGGGUGGAAGAGCAGACAUCUGAGGUGCAGAGGAGCCCCGGGGCCAUUUGCUGGGCGUCCCUGGGGGGGACAGCAGGAUGUGUCUGGGACGCGGUCACCCCAGGACCCGGAGCUCAGCGGCGACGGGAAGCCUGCGUGACUGUCACCUGCUCCUCCUGCCCUGCCCGUGUUCACACCCCGUCCACAUCCACGUUUGCCCCACGUGUGGAACGUGACAGAGGCGCUCAGACGGAGGGCACUGGCCCGUGCCGGCUAGGGUCCUCGCACUGCUGCACAAACAGGCGGAGGAUAUGGGUUCCCCAGGUGCUGGGCAGGCAGCGCCGGAGCAGCGUUGCAGCUGCCGCUGCGGCGUCGGCCCCAACCCAGGCCGCCUGCGUGCGCGUGCUGAAGGAGGCCCUGGGGAACGCAGAGGUGGCUCGGGUGUAACUGAAGAAGGGAAACUGGCUUCACUAGAGUCUGCGGUCACCCCGGGUGGUAGCAGAGCCCUCCCCCCACACAGCCCGUCGCAGGAGGUGCAGGUGCAGGGCACAUAAAUGCACGUCACACAGCAAACGAGGCCUCCCACGGUCCCCGAGCCCGGCGCGGCCGGCCCUGCCCAGCUCCCCUGUGGCUGGUGGAGGCCCUCAUUCACAGCCGGGGCCCCAUCAGUCCCUGUCCGGGGGGGGCUGUGAGCUUGACGCCCCGCUCCCGGCGCCUUGGACGAGGAAUCUGGGCCCCUCGCAGGGCCCGUCCCUCCAUCUCAAGCUGCCGAGGUUGCCGGCUGGGGUUCUCCUCUGCGGGGCCCACGGAACACACAUACCCCUCACCUGCCCCAGCGUGGAGUCAGGAUCGGGAAGGGAACCCGGGUUGUGUUCUGUAUAUUUUCAAAGUCCCCGAGAAGCACUGAAAGGAGAGAGAGUCUGGUGGUGGUGGCUGUGAUGACUGCCUGCACGUGGAAAUUGGAGGCACCGUCUGGACAGAGGUGACUCACGCCUUCCUGAUGGACAGUCCACUGAAGGAUCCUCCCAGUGUCCCUCCUGCAUCUGUCUCCUCCUUGUCCCCCUGCUCCUGCCUUGCUCACACAGGGUGGGGGGCGGGGGACGUCAGACCCCAGGAGGGGGGCUGAGCCGUGGGUGGUUGUGUUUAAUCUGGGGUCUCUUCGGGGUUGCGUGCGGGAGAGGCCACUUGGGACCCCUGGGGGGGCACUGGGCGUGGUUGGCGCCCUGUCUGCAGCGACCCCAGGAAGGAUCCGGAAUCCGCCUCUGCGGUGGGGGUGCUGCUGCUUCCCUGCCCCCACGCCAGAGCUGCUCCCUUUAGGUGAAAAAGAGGGGAGAAGGCCACCUCCGUUUAUCUUUGUAACUCCGAGACGUCGCCUGACUCCGUCUUUGCAGCGAGCACCCUUGGAGCACAGGGUGCCUGUGUCCUGCCCAUAGACGCGCGGGUGGUGUCGGGGCAGAUCUGGCCCUGCAGGGCCCGGGGGUGAGGGGUCCGGCCUUCCAGCACUGCAGGGCAGGGGCAGGCGUCACCUCGGUCCCUUUCUGAUUGGAGAGCUCCGCGCGGAAGGUGCGUGUGGAAAACCGAUACGUUGAGACAACACGGUGGUGACCGUCAGCACACCGCACCCUCCCCGGUUCUCUGUCCUGAGAUUUUCAGAGGCCGCAGUGUCUGUGUUUCUUCCCAUCUUCCUUAAGCCAGUACUUCGUCACUUAAAAUCAUGGGGUGGUUCUGCAGGUCCUUUUUCCAAAAAACAUAUUAUUUUUAUACCAAGAUAGAUGCAAAAUGCAAGACCCCAAAGAGUGGAGGAGUUCCGUGGUUUUUUAAGACAUGAAGAGAAGUCUGUGGUUCUUUGCGCUGUGAGUUGUUUCGCGGCCGAUGGUGCCUCCUGCCCGCGGGGCUAGGGGAAGCCAGGCAAAGCCACCCACCUCCUGUCCCGUCCCCGCUCAUGUCAGAGACAACCGUGGUCUUUGGUUUCUGUUCUUUGCGCAGCUGUUUUACGCUUCUGUGGACACCACCCAGAGGGUCCCAAGUGACCCACACUUGGCAACACAGUUUCUGUGGUUCUCGUCCCCAGACCCGAGGGCCGCUUUCCCAGCCCCCUGCGUCCCCGCAAAGAGACCGGCACCAAGCUGCCUGGGGACAGAGGACUCGGUUGUGAGAUACAGGCCCGUUUGCCACGUCCAGCCCUGGUUCUCCCAUCCCGGAGCUCCUCCUGAGAGGAGCUGGCCAGUGGCGUGCCGCAGAGGGCGUGGCCCAGCAACCCUUUUUAAAGGAUGGUUGAUAACUCACGUGCCUGGCGUUUCUGGGUGUCACUUCUCUGACCCAGGUUGGGGUCUGGCUGGACCUCUGCGUCCUGAGCGGCUCACGGACUUCAGCUGCACGAGUGGAAGGCCGCGCAUCGUCUGCGGCCUCGGUUCUGCGCAGAGCACAGAGUGUGUGCAGUGUUGCCAGCGUGCGACAGAGGCGUGUGUCACUGAACGUGGACGCGUGUGAUGUAUGACUCUGUAACAUUUCUAAUAAAUAUAUUUUGUUUCUGUCUGAUGACAGA